CAACACCAUGCCUUGUGAUCCAAUGGACGACAUCGAACUAAAAUCAAUUCAGCUCCAAUUUCCAUCAUCAAGAACUGCUCCAAGGCAGAGCAUUGGAACAAUUUCCAGAGUCCCUACUGAUCAUGGUGAAUUGCAAGUUGCUGUAGUUGGUGAUUGCACAAAACCAGCAAUUCUGACUUAUCAUGAUCUUGGAUUGAACUAUUCGUCAAGUUUCAGUGCUUUCUUUAAUUAUCCUUCAAUGAGAGCUCUACUUGAAAACUUUUGCGUUUACCAUGUGACCGCACCUGGACAAGAAGAAGGAGCUCCUACCUACCCAGAAGACUAUGUGUAUCCGACGAUGGAUCAAUUGGCUGGGCAACUACCUUUUGUAUUGACUCAUUUUGGACUAAAAUCUGUUAUCGGUUUUGGAGUUGGAUUUGGAGCCAACGUUUUGGCUCGAUUUGCUAUUGAGCAUCCAGAACAGGUUGGUGCUCUUUGUUUGGUAAACUGCGUGAGCACGGUUUCUGGUUGGAUCGAGUGGGGUUACCAGAAAUUGAACGCCCGUCAUUUAAAAUCCAAAGGGAUGACCCAGGGUGUUGUGGAUUAUCUAAUGUGGCACCACUUUGGAAGAAAUACAGAAGAGCGUAACCACGACCUCGUCCAAGUCUACAAGACUUACUUCGAGCAGCAAAUAAAUCCAGUGAACCUUUCGAUGCUGAUAGACACGUAUUUGAGAAGAACGGAUAUGAAUAUUGCCCGUAGCCCGACAUCCGGACCUCAGAACAACGAUAUGACAUUAAAGAUGCCCGUCAUGAACAUUACAGGAAGCCUAUCGCCACAUGUCGAUGACACUGUCACGUUGAACGGACGUCUGGAUCCGAAGAACUCCACUUGGAUGAAGAUCAGCGAAUGUGGAAUGGUUCUAGAAGAGCAACCUGCCAAAGUAUCAGAAGCUUUCAGACUUUUCCUACAGGAGAAGGAUACGCUGUCGGCGCCUUGCAAAAGCUUUCCAGGCUGAGCAUAUCACAUUCUUCAGAUAGUAUAAGUUAUUAGAGUAGAUAAUUAGAUAAUCAUCUAUCAUUUUCACGUAUUGUUUUUUUUUAUUAUUAUUAUGAUUUUGUUUAAAACUUAAUCAGAU